AUGUCCAUGGCGGCCUCCUCUGCUUCCAGUAUCAAUUCCUCAGCGUUCGUUCUCAUGGGUUUCCCAGGCCUGGACCAGUACUAUGCCUGGUUCUCAGUUCCCUUCUCCUGCAUCUAUGCUAUGGUUUUCCUGGGAAACUGCCUGGUGCUGCAUGUGAUCCGGACUGAACCGAGCCUGCACCAGCCCAUGUUCUAUCUCUUGGCCAUGCUGACCCUCACUGACCUGUGCAUGGGACUGUCCACAGUGCACACCGUGCUGGGCAUCCUGUGGGGGCUCAGCCAGGAGAUUGGUCUGGAUGCCUGCAUAGCCCAAACUUAUUUUGUCCAUGGACUUUCCGGCACAGAGUCUGGAGUGCUUCUUGCCAUGGCCUUUGAUCGCUUUACAGCAAUCUGCAAUCCUCUGAGAUAUGCAUCCAUCCUGACAAAUAGUAGAGUCAUUCAACUCAUGAUGACCAUUUUGAUGCGAAGCGUUUUCUCCAUUCUUCCUGUCAUCAUUCGUUUGAAGUUCUUCCAUUACUGCCGCCCUCACGUCCUCUCUCACUCUUUCUGCCUGCACCAGGACCUGCUCAGGCUUGCCUGCUCUGACAUUCGCUUCAACAGCUUCUAUGCCCUGGCCCUGGUGAUAUGCACCUUGUUGUUGGAUGCCGUCCUUAUUCUCAUCUCCUACGUUUUCAUCUUGCAUACAGUGCUGGUGAUUGCAUCCCGGGAGGAAAGACUCAAGUCUUUGCAGACCUGUGUUUCCCACCUCUGUGCUGUCCUGGUUUUUUUUAUUCCCAUCAUUGGCCUCACCAUGGUCCACCGCUUUGGCAAGCAUCUCUCACCUUUGGUCCACAUCCUUAUGGGCAAUAUAUACAUCAUCUUCCCACCCCUGAUGAAUCCAAUCAUUUACAGUGUAAAGACCCAGCAGAUCCGAAGUAGGAUGAAGAAGUGGUUUUCCCUGAAAACAUAG